AUGGUCAUUCCUCAGAUGCGUAUCAACGGCAGAGAGAUAGUUGGUCAGCGACAUGGAAAAACUGAUCCUAUCCUGACGUUGAAUGUCGAGGCCCGGAUUGCUCCUUUCAUCGUUGACCAUGAAUCAGGCAAUGGUGAUGUAUAUAAGAAGGGAGGAUAUGGGUCGGCCAUCAACCUACUGUUCUCGACGAUGCAUAUCUCAAAAUCGACUCUGUUCGUCUUUAUUGGACUGGUAUCGACACUUGUCAAUGCCAACCCAAUACCGGAACUCGAUAAACGCAUCACUUGCCCAUUCGCCACUGUGCCUGCCUGCUGUCAAUUAAUUGAAUUUGAGAGCUUUCCGGAGGUCGUAGCUGGCCCAAGUGUGGGAUGUGCGUGA